CCAAUAUAUACAGGAUCUGGCGACGACUGUUCGCCUCAGGUUAACAAUAAUAACAGGCAUGGCGCUCACUUCCAGUUCAGGAAUCCCAAAUAAAUCAUGGCAACCAUCGAAUGUCACUUUUGAGACAAGUAUGGGUACCAUUGUCCUUGAGCUGUACUGGAAACAUGCUCCAAGCACGUGUAGAAAUUUUGCUGAGCUAGCCAGGAGAGGAUAUUAUAACGGGACCAAAUUCCACAGAAUAAUUCAGGACUUCAUGCUGCAAGGCGGGGAUCCCACUGGGACAGGAAGAGGAGGAGCAUCUAUAUAUGGAAAGGAAUUUGAUGAUGAGAUUGCAGAUGAUCUUAAACAUACAGGUGCUGGGAUUCUGUCUAUGGCUAACAGUGGACCCAACACAAACGGAAGUCAGUUUUUCAUAACACUAGCUCCCACGCAGUGGCUUGAUGGCAAACAUACCAUAUUUGGACGGGUGUCAACUGGCAUGCAAGUAGUGCAAAGAAUUGGACUUUGUGAAACAGACCAAAAUGAUAAACCUGUUGAUGAUAUAAAAAUCACCAAAGCUGUUGUCACCUCUUCCUGAUCAACUCUCAGUCAUCCUUACAUUCAACUUCAUUGUGUAUGUGUUAAUUAGGUCAAACUUCAUUGUGUAUGUGUUAAUUACGUCAAACUUCAUUGUGUAUGUGUUAAUUACAUUAAACUUAUUGUGUAAUU